AUGCGUGCAUUCAUCGUCUUAUGCUUUGUGGCUGCUGUUUACGCCGAUAGUUUGGGCUACAACUAUCAUCCCGUAGAUCACUCAGAUGCCGGACUUUCAUUUGGACCUGUUGCUGGCGCUCCAAUUGGUGGUUUUGACAAUGCUUCACCUUCUAUUGAAGCUCCCUCAUAUGCUGCUCCCGCUGCAGAAUUCAAUAAAGAAUUUUACAGUUAUUCUGCACCCGAACACGAAUUCGAUGAUGGUCAAGCUUCAAACCAAAUUGCAAAUUCCCUGAAACGUGCUCUUCGUGUUGUAUUUAUUAAGGGACCCGAAAAUAGAGGACUUGAAGAUGCUGCUCUCAAUUUGGCUAAACAAGCUGCUGAUCAACAGACUGCUAUCUAUGUACUUAACAAACAAGCUGAUAUUGGUGAUUUGGCCAACAAGCUCAAUGCAAUCCGCAACAACAACAAUCAGCGCCCAGAUGUACACUUCGUCAAAUAUCGUACACCAGAAGAUGCUGCCAAUGCUCAACAUGCAAUUCAGUCACAAUAUGAUUCUCUUGGUGGAUCCUCACAGUCUCAUAAUGGUGGUGUUGCUCCUGUUAUCAACUUUGCUUCACAGGCACCAGUAAGUGCUCCAUCCUACCAAGUGCCUGGAAACUCAUAUCUACCAGCUUCUAUUUUCCGUCGCCGUUUUUAA